AUGAGCUCUCAAGCACCCAUGACCAAUGGCGAGACGCCCAGCUCAAAGGCUCUGUCGCAUCUCCAAUCCUACCCCGUAGUCCACGACAGCGUGGAGACCUUCAAGUCUAACCCCUACGGUUCGCGCGCCCUGAACCUCGCCAGCAACACCUACCAGUCCAUUGUCGCACCCUUCCAUCCCUACCUGCGCACACCCUACUCGUACAUCUCACCUUACCUGGCACGCGCGGACCAGCUUGGUGACUCUGGCCUCUCCACUCUCGAGACACACCUGCCCAUUGUCAAGGAAGACACUUCGAAACUCAAGGAGUAUGCCUUCUCGCCUGUCACAUACGUGCAAGGUACCUGGCAAGACGAGUACAACAAGACGCAUUACAACAACGGUGUUGUCAAGAUGGGUGUCGCAACAGUCAGCUUCGAACUCAGGAUGUUGAGUGAUGCGUGCGAUGUUGUGUUGAGUUACCUGAACAAGGGCAAGGAACAGACGAAGAAGAAGGUUGAUGAGAUUAAGCAGUAG